ACAAAUAAUUUCAAAACCGCGAGAAGCAGGAAAGAAAAAUAUAACAAAAAAAAAAAGAAAAUCAUCGUCACGUUCUGCUCGUUUAACGCGUGAAACCCUAAUUAGGGUUUUCAGACUUGCUUCGUUUUCGGUGGAAUCGAUCGCAGCGCUGGAUCCGUAUCGUUUUCCUCCGUCGAGCGAACCCCCUUUCGCUCGAUCGUUCAGCGAUCUCGGAAGCAUGUUCGGAUCGAGGGGGGCAAUGUUGGGGAGCGGGGGGGUAUCGGACGGGUACGAGGUUGGCUCAAAGAGACAAAGAAUGAUGGAAUCCAAUCCAUACUUCGCAGUGAGCAGCGGACCAGGCAGCUUUCAACCUUAUGGGUAUGCUGGAGGCUUCCAGCCGCCUCCUCCCUUUCCAGUGGUUCGUCUCAGGGGGCUCCCGUUCAACUGCACAGAUAUUGACAUUUUGAAAUUCUUUGCUGGACUGACCAUUGUGGAUGUGUUGUUGGUCAACAAGAGUGGGCGGUUCUCAGGAGAGGCCUUUGUUGUCUUUCCAGGAGCAAUGCAGGUUGAGUUUGCUUUGCAGAGGGAUCGGCAGAACAUGGGUCGCAGAUACGUGGAAGUGUUCAGGUGUAAGAAGCAGGAUUAUUACAAUGCUGUUGCUGGUGAGGUCAGCUACGAAGGAAUAUAUGAUAAUGAUUACCAUGGAAGCCCUCCCCCCUCUCGGUCCAAGAGGUUCAGUGAUAAAGAACAAAUGGAAUAUACUGAGAUCUUGAAGAUGCGUGGACUUCCAUUUGCAGUGACUAAAUCUCAAAUUGUUGAUUUUUUUAAGGAUUACAAGCUGAUAGAAGACAGGGUACACAUUGCAUGUCGCCCUGAUGGGAAAGCUACUGGUGAGGCAUAUGUGGAGUUUGUCUCUCCUGAUGAGGCUAAGAGAGCAAUGCCCAAGGAUAAAAUGAUGAUUGGAUCAAGGUAUGUGGAACUGUUUCCUUCCACACCAGAUGAAGCUAGACGGGCUGAGUCAAGAUCAAGGCAGUAAUCUGAGAUUUUUUGCCAGGGAUUUUGUAUCAUGUUCUAGGUCUUUAAACUGUUUCUUCCUUCUGGCGGUACUACACUGUUCUUAAUUUUUAGAUAACUGUACUUCAAUUACUAGUUCUGUUUGGUGAUUAUAUUUGAAUAGAAAAGGAUUUAGAAUA